AUGUGUGACGUCCCUUUCUUUCCGAUCUUCCCUAUCUGCUUUCAAUGCGGCACUGAUCAGAACCCAUGUCGCUGUAAGGUGGUCGGCCCGACAGUCGGGUUUUUCUCUACCAUCGUAGCAGCGAUCUUCUGCUACCCCGCAUCGAUAUUCUGUGGUUGCUGCUGCACUCAAACUGGAAAGGACAUGUUAGGAUACCCAGUGGAGCUAAAUCAGAAGAUUAGUAAUGCCAUUCCAUUCUGA